GACUGCACGAUGGCCCCGGACCCCUGGAGUGUUGGAGUCCAGGCCCUUGGUACCAGGUAUACGAGGCCAAAACGUCAGCAUGAAGGUGCCCACCCCUUCUCAAGCCAAGCAUGGGCCCUUUAAGACCAUGCCUCUCCGGUGGUCUUUUGGGCCCAGGGAGAAACCACUUGGUGCAUCUGUUGAAUUGGUGGAGUAUUUGGAGUCCAGACGGAGACCUCGAUCCACAAGCCAGUCCAUCAUACCACUGUUGACGGGCACUGCUGGCAAGGACAGGAUGGCAUCGGCGCCACAGUCAAAUGCCGCCCCCUCUGCUGGGGGUGAAGAUAGUGCGUGGGACGGCGAUAUGGUACUGGCUGGACGGCCCUGUCCCUCGGGCUACCCCAAGCACUGUGCAGUCCCUGGAGUCCCUGAUGGUCUAAGCACAGCAAAGAAACUCAAACAAAACACAAGUCAGGAUAUCCGGCUUCCCAAACAGUUCGACUUGCCCCUCGUUGUGAUGCCCUCAGUGGAGAAUGAGAAACGUGCCCGGCUGGAAGGCCUGAGGACCACAAACUGUACAGGCAGUGACCAGGCAGGAGGCAGUGGUACAGCGCUGUCCCCCAAGGAGGCCCUGAGCAUUGCGGCCUCUGGAAACCACACAGACAAUCACCAAGAUUCCUUGGACAAAAUCAGGGCCAACGCAGAGGGAAGGGACGCCGGGGCAGACAGAUCCCCGCAGGAGACCCUCACCCUUCUGCGGACUGUGUUUUGGAAGAAGGAGAAGAAGAAUGACAGGGCGGUGGCUCCCCAGAUGCCCCCAGCCUCCCUGGUGAGUGGCAGGCUGAGCCCAGCUGUGGGUCUCAGGAUUCAGGAGAGCCUGACGCAGACCCCAGCCCACCACCUGGAUGGGGGUGUCCGGUCAGCCCCCAGCUCUCUGCACCUCCCUCGCAAGGCCAGCCAUCCCUUGAGGGCCAGUGCCCUUGGUACAUCACCCAGGAGUGUUCUGGGGGAGCAGACUUCUUUUGGCACCUUGCAAAAGGUGAAAUACCACACUCUCUCCUUAGGUCGAAAGAAAUCAUCACCGCAGUCUAGCUUUUGAGAGCAUAUUUCCAGUAUUUUGUAAAACUGACAUUCUCACGACCGCGCUGACAGCACUCUGGGUACCUGUGUUGAGAGUGGGCUUUCUGGAAGCAAGUUGUCCCGUGACCCCUGAAAGUGAACAUUUUGAUCUCUGCAUCGAGAUUUCUAACAUCUUGUAUCCAAAUUACCUUCCUGUAUUGUUGGGUGCUCUUAUACGUCUAGGCCACAAGAGGGUGCUGUUGGAGCAAUGUUACCACUUUAAGGCAAGAACUGAUGCUGCCUUUAAUUCCAGGCCCUAAGUACCAGUACUAAAGGGCGAUUUGGAUGUGGGCAAACCUUAGGGCAUAACUUUAUAGAGAAGCCUAAUUAAUAAGAAUCUUCAAUAUCAAAUCAAAUGUUGUCAUUGGUUUCUCCUUUAAAAAAAAAAUUUUUUUUUUAAGUAGUAGACUUAACAGAAAAAUCUUUCCCUUUUAAUGCUUCUCUGUAAUAAAGCAUUAAAGAUCCCCAAAAUGUGGGAGUGACAAUAAGUCAGGAUUCUGGGGGGGAAAUGGGGAGAAAAUUGAGAUUUUAGGAGAAUAUUUACUAUAUAACAAUAAUUGUAUUAAAGAUUUUUGAGGUAUUUAAAGAAGAACUAUUUUGAUACUAGGGUAAAAGGAGGGUCUUUUUUAAGAACAUGUAAAUAUGAGAUCUAUGUACAAUUUUAAUAAAAGCCUGCCAGUGAAACAAGCAAGUGACUGAA